AAAUAAUUCACUUAAAUUUUAGUUUGAUUUCAUUUUCUUUGUAAACAAGUGAUUAAUUUUUUCAGCCCUCAAUUUCUCAUUAAAAUAAGAUUGAUCAAUGGAUUCCAACUUGGAAACGUUCUGCAGGGAAAUCUUGGAAACCCCCAAUACGGAGGGCUGUCUUCUGGCAAAUGGUCAGGGAUUGUGCAUUGAGGCAAAGGGCAAAGUUGCAUCACCCGAAUCAUCAGGAAUUUUGGUGGCUCUCUCAGAGCAAGCAGCAAAACUCGAACCAAACAGCAACCCGCCCACUGUUGUACUCGAUUACAAAGAUCUGACGUGCUUUAUUCAAAAACAUGACUCUCAUACCACAGCAGUCUAUCGGAGGAAGAAGUAAGAGGAUUUGUAAAUGGAUGGGAAUAUGGGGCAAUCACACUUUUGUAUAAGUAAUUCUGAGCCGCUGCAACUUCCUCGUGGCAACAAUUGAGCAUGUAAAAAUAAGCUUCAUGGUGAGAAUAAUAAAGCAUACAAGGAGGUAAA